GAAGCGUUAGGAUGCGGCUUGUCCAUUUCGGUGCGUUACUCUUGCACCAAGAUUUCUAUCUUAAUGCGUAGUUUAUGAUUGGACCAUAUUUAUUGGAAAUGAUGUUAGAGGUUAAAAAAGCAUUUAUUAACUUUUUGAGGAUGAACAAUGAUUCAAGUCCUGAUCCUCUCAAAGCAUGUUCACAUGGAAAUGUUCAUGUAAACGGAUAUUAUCCUAGUCCGGUGCCUAACAGUAGUGUUAUUCACACAGAACACUACAAUAAAAACAAUGACCGUGUUCGUCGCCUUAGUUUCAAGAGGUUAACUAUAUCUGAUUCGCUUGAUCUAGCUGGAAAUCGAAUUCAGUCCCAUUUGUAUUCAAAGCUCGGUUCAGAGGCGAUCGAACUUGACUUAAUGUGUGCCGAUAAAACGUACUCUACAAAAGAAAUUUCGAAUAAUGGUCAUUUAUUUUGUCCCGUUCCACUUGAUGGUGAUACGUUUUGUGAUCAUUGCAGCCAACCUAUCUGGGAAUUAGGUUGGCGUCCAGUGUGUUUAAAGUGUGCAAAAUGCCAUAUGACCUGUCACUGGCUGUGCAAAACUGAGGUUACUGUUCUGUGUGAUGAAGACGUCAAGACCUCGCAUCAAGUUGCUGAACCAAAUCUAUUCCCCCCAUUGGUUGUUUUGGGAGACGAUUUAGAACAACAGGUUGACAGCUCAGUCUCUAAGUUAUCAACAAGUCCGGGGAACGAUAGCACUAAUUAUCUGGCGUAUGAAGGAACUUUAGUUAAGUCUUCUCAACUAGACUUCCAUGUAAAUAAUCACCAAACUUCUGAAUCUGAUAUACAUUUACUUGAUACUGUUUCUCCAAAUGAAUUAAAUGGAGUGAAUAGUCCUGUUGACAAAAUGAUUGAUCAUCUUGCGUUCGAAAAAGUUACUUUACAAUCAAUAUCUCCUAGUUCGAAUCAGUACACUUCCAUGACUACAGACUUCGACACACCGUUAAACGUACCUGCUAAACUGGAUAAUGGAAUAUCAGUAAAGAAGAAAGCUGAAUGUUUGUCUCACUCAACAUUGUCAAGGCGUGCUACUGAGUUUUAUAAAUCGAAAACACCAGUUGAUGUAAAAUUAGUCAGUAGACACUCAUUUCUUUGUGGAAAUAAACCAAAAGUUUCCCUAGCUUAUGAUUUUUCAAGCUUAGAUAAGGAGGCAAUUCGAGAUCGAGGGAUUCUUGUGAGACAGAUAAGUCCAUCUCUUACUGAAUUACAAAACACUUCUAAACCACUUCAGAAUACAAACAUUAUCUCAGAUACCCCGAACUCCGUUCCUUUUAAUCGUUCAGAUGAAAGUUCGUCUUUAGAAAAAGAAGUUUCUGAUAUUGGCCUUGCCAGUGUGAUGCAAACAACUCAGGAAUUUGUUCGCACCAAGCAAAAACGAAGCUUUCAGACUCACAUACGUUCUUCAACCGCGCUUCCAUUAAUCCCUAUGGUGGUUGGACCGCGAGAAGUAUUGCCUUGGCUCUCUGAUCGUUUGAAACAGUUAAUUCAAAUAUUUAAUGCAAAUGAAUUCGGAUUACAAGCUGCUAGUCUAACUGGUACUGAUUCAUGUGAUUGCGAAGGCCAAGUUCGUGUACAUAUAAACUUACUUCGCCCUAUUCAAAUGUUACUUACAGCUAGACCAGCUUCCAUUUUCGACGUAGUUGGUGCAAAAAGUGAUGAAACAGAUGAUGAUGAUAAUGAAGAAGAUGACGAUGGGGUAGAAGAUGUUAGCAAUCGAUCUGAAGAUGAUCAGAAUCUUUGGUUGGUCCAAAGUGACAACAAUAACUGCCAUCUUGUCGCGAAACAACACCCUUCUCAUACACAACAUUCUUUUGUACCAGGCAACAUUCCAUAUUUUUCAUCAAAUAAUAAAGUGCAUAAAGCUGAUGGAAAUAUUGUUGAGUCACAUCGCCGGUUAGGUAGAACAGCUUCAACAGUAUCUACUUUUCGGUUACCAAGAGGAAGCACAAAAUUGUUGCAUGUUCGACUAUCGACAACUGCACAAAUGGUUAUCUGUGCACUACUUGAUCGAUUUGGUAUACGAGACAAUCCUCAAAAGUUUGCUUUAUAUGAACACACAAUUGAAGGUGAUCAGAAAGUUUCUGUACGAAAAUUAUUUGAUAAUGAAUCACCGUUGGGGUUACUAUUCAGGUGGGUUGAUCAAGAUCCAAAUAAUUUUAACAAUAUCCUGAGUGUGAAGCGAUUAGUACUACAAGAGAAUGAAACCGGUGAUAUUGAAUGGACCACAUUCAGUUUAUCGGAAUUGCAUACAUUUUUGGGAAUAUUGAAUCGUGAAGAAAGUGAUUAUCGUAGACGUAUUGAAAUGAAAUAUGAAAUACGCAGAAAAGAAAUAAAACGUUUAAUGGAAUUACAUAAUAAUAAAUUUAAAUCUUUAGACAAGUCAUUCAAUGGUCAAUUUAAUUCUAUUACUUCUAAUGUAACCACUGAAAUUGCUGAACGAUAUGAAAAUGAAACAGUAACUAAACAAUCAUGCGAUGAAAACUCGGAAUAUAAUACCUAUUCUUGUAUGGAUUCAUUGUCUGCACCGGUUUCGCCAACAUUAUUUCGUAAAACAAACGAACAAAUAAAUUUAAACGCUUGCAUAGUGUUUGGUUUUAGACAAAAGGGAAAUAUUCAUCAACUUUAUGGUUAUUGAUUUGAUGAAAAGUCGACUUUACCAGGAGUUUCAAACUCACCAGAUUCUUGUUCAUCUUCAGAGGCAACACUCAAUCGUAAUACAAUUAAACACAGUCAACUUUCUAAUGCUGUAUCUACGUUACCUCGUGUACCGUCAAAUAAAACCUCUGAAAUAUCAAAUACGUCUAACAAAAUUCCUUCUAUAUUCAAAUCGUUUUCUAAUUUUAAAGCUAAAAAAGCUGAACUUGCCCAACAAAAAAAAUUAGCUAAAUUGGAAAAAGCUCGUAUUAAAGCAGAACAACAACAACAACGUAAAGAACAAAUUAAAAAUCAUCCACUUUCUUCAUGGAAAUGGCGUGGAUUCGGCACACUUUCACCGUCUAGUUCUUCAUCAAUGUCUCCUACUGGAUUUUCACCAUCAUCACCACAUCAAUAAUAAUAAAUCGACUGUACUGCAUUGUGAUAAUCAUAUUCUUAUUUAUUUUUGUCAAGAAAUAAGCAGAUUAAUUGAUUGCAUACUAUUUUCUGUCUUCUAUGUCCUCUCCACUUCAUUCAAUAAUGUCUUCCAGCUCGAUUGUGUAAAUAUUUACUUGUUUUUUAAAUUCUUUUCAUUUUCAGGUACGUUUUGCUUAUUGCAUCAAACUUUCUUAUUUUUUAUCAAACUCCCCUAUGCUUCCUUCACUCGUAUUUUCUCUCUCUGUCUAUCUUGAACAAUCCUUACUUGCUCCAUUACAAACACCACAGAGGCCUUUUAUCAUUGAUUCGAUUUUUUGUUUCAUAAUAUAGAGUAAUAAAAUUCUAGUCUCUUCAUUUUAUCCGAUAUAUAUUCCUUUGUUUCAGCAGCAAAAACUCUGUUUUAUUACGUUACAGUUCAGGUUCAGUAUAUAUAUGAAGCGAUUUAGUCUUCUAGAAUAUGAUCAAUCAUGUACAAUAGUAAUAAUAAUGAUAACAUUAUUACAUUUGUUUACCAUAUUGUUUGUAUAUGUGCAUGUACCUUAUUUAUCUUCAAUAGGUCACACAUUAGGAAACAUCUAGAUUAACAUACCAAUAUGAAAUUAUUUUCUUUUCAAUUUAUUUAAAAUCACUUCACAAUUUCAUUCAUUUUUAAAUAUUCAUUUGGAAAUAUUUCAGAAUUUUUCUUUUUUUUUAUAAAUGAAAAACAAAAAUUCUCUUUUUCAGAUAAUAAUAUGUACAAGUUUAAAUAGUUAAAUAGAUAAUCAAGUAUGAAAACCCAGCUCUUGAAUACUUUUGAAGAGUAGUUCUGUCUUAUUCUUCUUCUUCCUCUUCAAGAUGUUAGCAAUAAAUUUGCCGGAAAAUAAAUCCUUUAAAUCCAAGUGAAUUUUUUCUUAUUGUCUGUUCCGUCAUAUUAAUUCUUCACUUUUGUUGGCAUAUAUAGGUGUGCAUUAAGUCUAAUAAUUCCCAAUAAAUUUAUGACUAUAAUUCCCAGGCUAUCAACUGUUAACUAUCACUUAACUGUUUCAAGUUAGAUGGUCAUUGUGUAGCACAUUUUAUCUUUGUUGUAUUUCGGUAACUGUUAUGGCUGGACAUAUGAACAAAGAAAUUGCAAUACUAGAUGUAACUUGACUAGAUAAAUCAACGACUAAUACACAACAACAUUUCAUCUCUGUCUAUGCUGUAUAAGUGAAUAAAAAAACAAACUUAUACGGGAGAGCUUUGAUGUUUCCAAAAAAGGUAGUAUGGUAUUUUACAAGGAAGUCAAUGGGAACAGAUUUCAGAUGCGCAAAUAACAAAAGUAACUGUUAUUUUGGUAAUGAUAUUGAUUUGGGCUAGCGUCAACAAUGCUCACUUUAAUUAUUGUGCUACUACUUAACAUAUGAACUGGUGUAUUCUUGUAUACAGAGCCGGCAGAAAUCGCAUGAAAAGAAUUCAUCCUACUUCAAGACCUCUCAUCAGCUGUAAACAACAAUGUCAUAAACAAUUAUAUAAUGAUAAA